AUGCAUGCACUCGCAGUCAGGGGGGCCCCCAUCAGGAGGAGCAUGGCACAUGGAGCCAUUGCCGGCACCGUCGUCGGAGUCGUUGCCGCUGUCGUUCUGCUCUUCUGCCUCUACCCUGUUGUCGUUCACUGGUUGCGGCGUCGCCGACAUGGCAGCCGUCCGCAUCUAGAUGCCGAAUCCAACGUUGCCUGCGCGCACACCGAAUCCUCUCCCCACGGACGCCUCUCCUCCAACGACUCCCUCAAGCAGGAAGGCGACGGCUCCCGCGGAGACGUCGAGAUUGGUGCGACCCGCAGCAAGGACCUUCAGCAGAUAUCCCCCGAUGGCAGCAUCGGGAACGUCCAAGGCCCUCAGGCGCUCCAGUCUCUCCAGUCUGCCCAGCCCGCCCCGGCUUCCCAGCUUCCUCGCGGCUCCAACGACGAACUUUCGGCCGCCCAAGGAGGGGCAGUACCUGAUGAGAGCGUUGCGGCCACGCAAGUGUCUGCUGGCGAGUGCGAGGUCGAGCCGUCCGCGGGCACUCCAUACCACUAUAUGGAGUACAUGCCCGAGUCCGAGGUGAUCGACGAUAACCCUGGCGUGCUUACCGGAACCAGUGCCGACUACUACCGGUCGUCGAUCCCGUCAGAGGCCUUUGGCAUGAUGGAAACUCCAUCGAACAGUCAAGGCGAAACUCCGCUCGCCAGACGGUCGGGAUCCCGGGCGUCCUCGCUGAAAUACAACGUUCGGCGCAUGUUUCGAAGAAGGAGCGGCAGAGAAAGCACACUCGACUCAUACACCGUCUCCAGUGCCGCAGAAAGCUGGCGAGCCUCCGCCGGAGACGCUGCGCCGCAGCAGAAUGUCACGAAUGGGGACCCGACUGCAUCACCGACCCAGAUUUCUCCCACCAUCACACCGGCCGUGGCCGUACCCGGACCCUCCUCGGGAGACGACGCCGGCUCCUCUGCAGCAGCAGCAACGACGACGGAGACGCCUCCUCGGCUCUUCCAGUCGCUCAAGCAUUCCCCUUCUCCCCCGUCACGGCCGGGGCCAGGAACUGUGAACCCGAUGGACAUCAUGCCGGCCACAACCGAGGCGGAAGUUUGGCAUCAGACCGAGCACCGGUUGCAUUUCCCGACCGACUCCUCCGCUUCAUGGGCGUACCCUCCCGAGACAAACGUGAAUGCUGUCGAUGCAUCACCAUCGCCAGUGACGCUGCACCCUCCCAUGAGCGAAAGCAAAGGUGCCGAGCCGACCGAGGCGGGAAAUGGAGUCGAUCCGAAGCCCAUGACGGUGGCCGAGGCCGAUGCGGUGCACGGCGACAACUGCAUUGCCGUGCCGGGGCGAAUAUCGCACGAUCGUCUGAGUCCACUGCCCUGCACAGAGCCCGGGCGACGCCCUAGCUGUGUAUCCGACCGAUCGACGCCAUUUGCGGGAGCCAACUCGACGGAUGGCUCAUCCCACAACACACCCUUAACCCAACUCGAUAGCCCGAGCCCCGGAUCGAUGAACAGCUCCGACUUCCGCCAUAGCGUGUCGCCUCAGCCGGUUGUUCCUGCAUCCAAGUCAGGCUCGUGGCGAUGCGACGAACCCGGCUGCCAUCAACAGUUUGAUCAACCGCACAAGCUAAGACAUCACCAACGGUACCACAGCAAGGACCACAAGUGCAACUACCCCAACUGCGGAAAGGGCUUCGGCACCAAGACACAUCUCCAGCGCCACAUCAAUGACAGGCACGAGAAGAAGAAGAAGUUUCACUGCUCCGUGCCCGGCUGUGAUUACUCCAGAGCCGGCGGUAAAGGGUUCCCUAGGAAAGACAACUGGAAGAGACACAUGAUGAAGAUUCACAAGAUGGACCAGGCGCAGCUGUCGGAGCCGGUCGAGGUCGACGAGGAGAUGACGGGCACGUGA